AGACCAGAUCAGCUCAGCAAACUUCAAUCCAAAAGAAAAUAUGAGAGGAAAUAAAAACAUUGUUAUAUCAAAUGACACUAUUAAGGUACCGAGGAUAGGAUUAACUCGAGCGAAAACAUCGAUGUUGCAAUACGGCCAUGCUUACGUUUGCUUUGCAACGGCACCGCCCAUUCACCCAAUGCAUAUUGCUUUACCCAUACUAUCAUCGACUGUAUCGAACCGUACCAGCUUCUAAUCUCUCUGUUGUUAAGAUUAUUUUUACUCCUAAUCACACCACCGAUUGGUUAUGAAUUCGGUCCUCGAGGAUGAUUUCCAUUUGAUUUUGCAAGCUUAUGUUCUGUAUCCCGUCAAAGUACUUUUUUCUCUCUUCCUGAAUUCGUCUUGAAAAAACAAUAAACACUGUUAAAUUGAAAAAUUCAUCCAAAAAGUAAAAUCUUGUUGACAAUAUAAGCCGAAAAUGAUUAGAAUUAGAAAGCAAAGAGACUAAACGAGUCUGUGAUAGAGAAAAGAGAGAAGGAAGAAAAAAGAGGAGAAGAAGACAAGUCUUCCUCUCCCACACACUAGACAACACAACACAUCGCUGUCUUGUCUUCUCUUCCUACUCUGCUGCUCCUCAUAUAACCCAAAAAGACACACAACCUUCAACAGGCAGCUCUCAAUCCUCCCUUUCCAGUUUCACGUUACCCAACCCGGCUAUUUUCGGUGAAAAAUGUACUCUAUGCGGGGUCUGGGUCUCGACGGCGGCGACUAUAACCUCCACCACCACCACCACCAUCACAGCCACCCGGGAGCUAUGUCCUUGGACGGAACCAACCUUCCCGGAGAUGCCUGUCUGGUUCUCACCGCCGACCCCAAGCCUCGCCUCCGUUGGACUGCCGAGCUCCACGAGCGCUUCGUCGACGCCGUCACCCAGCUCGGCGGACCCGAAAAAGCAACACCGAAGUCAAUAAUGAGGACAAUGGGGGUAAAAGGUCUGACCCUAUAUCAUUUGAAGUCACACCUUCAGAAAUACCGUCUCGGGAAGCAAUCAUUGAAGGAGGCAACUGACAACUCUAAAGAUGCAAUAUGUGCAGCCGAGAGUCGUGAAACCAGUUCUCCUACAUCAGGCUCGUCUAGAAUGAUUUCCCAAGAACUAAACGAUGGGUACCAGGUUACUGAGGCUUUGCGAGCACAGAUGGAGGUUCAACGAAAAUUGCAUGAACAGUUAGAGGUACAGCGCCGUCUCCAGCUUCGUAUAGAAGCUCAAAGCAAAUAUUUGCAAUCAAUACUUGAUAAAGCUUGCAAGUCACUCAACAACCAAGCAGCUGUUACUAGCUCAGAGGGCUUAGAAGCUGCUCGCGAAGAGCUAUCAGAGCUGUCAAUAAAGGUAUGCACUGAUUCUCAUGCAAUCUUUUCGGUCCCUUCAUUACCAGACAUGAGUUCACUAGCCGCAAUGACGAAGCGACCGCGAGCUUAUGUGAAUGAUAGCAAUGUGACGGAGGCGGAGUGGACACUGGCUAAUGCUGGGUAAAAAGAAUAAUAUUAGGGUAUGUUGUCUCUUGUUGUAGUAGUAGUAACCAAAAGUGUAUCAUUUUAUUAACAAGUUCUUACAGAUGUCUCUGCACUCCAAAACAUGCUGACAUGUUGUAAGUUUUAAGCUGCUGAAUCAUUAUAUGUAUAUUCUCUUAUGUGCGGUGUUGUGUCUUUUCUUCUUCAUUUUUCGCUAAUUAUGUGCCCGUUGAUGAUCAUUUAUUUAAGCUUACUAUAAUUU